AUGCGUCGGAGGAGUUGGGGAAGGAGCCCUUCCCCAACUAUCAGGCUAGCUGUGGGCGCUUUUUGCCUAAUUAAUUUGUUAGAUUCUAUAUUGUUUACUCAUAACCCCACUUGGGAUGAUUGUCAGCAGCUAUUGCAGGUUUUGUUCACCACUGAAGAAAAAGAGAGAAUCUUGAUCGAGGCCAGGAAAAAUGUGCCCAGAGACAAUGGGCAGCCAACAACGCUUCAGAAUUUAAUUGACGCUGGGUUCCCGUUAUCUUGUCCUGGUUGGAAUUUUGAGCAACCAGAAGGUAAGGAGCAUCUCCAAAAGUACCGCCAGAUUCUAAUGGCUGGUCUCUGAGCAGUGGCAAAGAAGCCGACUAAUUUGGCCAAGGUAAACUCAGUCAGGCAGGGGCCGACAGAGAGCCCUGCAGCAUAUCUAGAGAGGUUGAUGGAAGCGUUUAGACUGUAUACCCCUACGGAUCUGCAAGCCGAUGAGAGUAGAGCAGCAGUGGUCCUAUCUUUUGUAAACCAAGCAGCCCCUGAUAUCAGAAGAAAGCUUCAGAAGAUAGAUAGAUUAGGUGAGCAGACCCUACAGGACUUAAUGAAAGUAGCAGAAAAGGUGUAUAAUACUAGAGAAACCCCAGAAGAAAGGGAGGAAAGAAUACGGAGGGAGGAAGGAGCAUUCCAAGCUAAAGAGAAUAAACAAAAUCAGAAGGAGUUAGCAAAAAUUUUCUUUGCUGGAGCUCAGAGGGACAUAGGGAAAGGGAGAGGAAGGAGACCAGACCAACAUGACAGGCCCCACCGAGACCCACCCCUGGCCCUGAACCAAUGUGCAUUUUGCAAAGGGACUGGACACUGGAAGAAUGAAUGCCCAAAGAAAGAGAACAAAAAAUAUGAAAAGCCUGCUCCUGUUAGAACGUUGGUGGCAGGCGAGGACAGUGACUAGGGGAGACGGGACUCAGAACCCCUCCCUGAGUCUUGGGUAACCUUGAAGGUGGAGGGGAAGCCAGUAAAGUUCCUGGUAGAUACAGGGGCUCAGUACUCCAUCCUCAAUAAGAAGGAAGGAACGAUUUCUUCAAAAACUAGCCUGGUCCAGGGGGCAACAGGGGUGAAGCGGUAUCAUUGGACAACGCAGCAACAAGUGAACCUGGGAAUUAAACAAGUGUCCCAUUCAUUCUUAAUUGUACCUGACUGUCCUGCACCGCUGUUAGGAAGAGACUUAUUAUCCAAAGCCCAAGCCCAUAUAUUCUUUCACAAAAAUGGUGUCCAGGUUACUGAUGGGGAAGGUUCCCCUCUACACAUCCUGACAGUCACCUUACACGAUGAAUACUGCUUGUAUAAAGAUGUAGAAGACCAACAUGCAAGCCUAACGGAUAUGGUUCUGUGGCUGGAAGAGUUUCCCCAAGCCUGGGCAGAGACUGGAGGAAUUGGACUGGCGAAACAUCGACCACCCAUUAUUGUGGACUUAAAACCCUCUGCCAUACUGGUAAGAGUCCUACAGUAUCCCAUGCCCAGGGAAGCCUGGGAAGGCAUAUAACCCCAUAUCCAGCGGCUGUUAUGGGAAGGGGUACUAAAGAGGUGCUGGUCUGCAUUGAAUACACCCCUCCUACCACUGAAAGAAACUGGGGGGGGGGAAUACUGGUCGGUGCAGGAUCUGAGGGAGGUAAAUCGCCGAGUUGAAGACAUACAUCCCACAGUCCCUAACCCUUACAUGCUGCUCAGCAAUCUUCCUCCAGAUCAUGUGUGGUAUACUACCCUGGACUUGAAGGAUGCUUUCUUUAGCCUUCCCCUAGCCCCGCAGAGUCAAGACAUUUUUGCCUUUGAAUGGUUUGACAAAUCGGAUAAAGUCCUCGGCCAGCUGACCUGGACAAGGUUGGUCCAAGGGUUCAAGCACUCGCCUACUUUGUUUAACGAGGCCUUGAGUGAUGACUUACAUGUGUACCGGGGUCAAAACCCGCAAGUAACUUUACUACAAUAUGUGGAUGACUUGUUAAUAGCAGCCCCCGACCGGGCAGGGUGCCUUGAAGCAACCAGGAAACUGCUCACCACUCUGGGAGAGCUGGGGUAUCGAGCUAGUGCCAAGAAAGCUCAGAUAGCUAAGCCAGAAGUCACAUACUUGGGGUACAAGUUGAGAGCUGGGCAGAGGUGGCGCACUGAAGCCAUGAAACAGACUAUCCUACAGAUUCCCUGACCCACAAGCCCGAGGCAGAUAAGAGAAUUUUUAGGAACAAUAGAUUAUUGCCGGCUGUGGAUUUUAGAUUUCGCCACAAAAGCGAAGUCACUCUAUGAGCUCAGUAGAGAAGGGUCAGAGUGGAACUGGACUCCAGAGAGGGACUCAGCUUUUAAAGAACUUAAGGAAGCACUCCUUAAAGCCCCAGCAUUCACAUUACCUGACCCCACUAAACCAUUUCAUCUGUUUGUCGAUGAGAAAAAAGGAAUAGCCAAGGGGGUCCAAAUACAACAACAGGGGCCAUGGAGGAGGCCAGUAGCAUACCUCUCAAAGAAAUUGGAUCUAGUAGCAGCAGGAUGGCCCCCUUGUUUGAGAAUUAUUGCUGCCACCGCUCUGCUUGUUAGAGAUGCAGAUAAGUUAACCCAUGGACAGACUUUGAAAGUAACCACUCCCCAUGCCAUUGAAGGAGUGCUCAAACAGCCUCCGGGGAAAUGGAUAACCGACACCAGAUUAACUCCUUAUCAGAGUCUAUUACUUGACACUCCAAGGGUACAAUUCUUAGCUCCAACAGUUUUAAACCCCACCACCCUGUUGCCUAACCCUGACCUAGAUAAGCCUCUGCAUGACUGCUCAGAAAUACUCACAGAGGUAAAUAUGGUCACAAAGGACUUGCAAGACUGCCCGUUGGAAAACAGUGACUUCAUCUGGUUCACGGAUGGAAGCAGUUUCACACAGGAUGGACUAAGGUAUGCAGGGGCUGCGGUGGUAGACAACUGGGAGGAAAUUAUUUGGGCCGAUGCUUUACCGCCAGGAAUUUCUGCUCAGAAAACUGAACUUAUUGCCCUGAUGGAAGCAUUGGAAAGGGCAGAAGGAAAGAGGCUAACAGUCUAUACUGACAGCCUGUACGCGUAUGUGGCUCUUCAUAUACAUGGCGCCAUCUACCGGGAGUGUGGAUUCAGAAACACAGAAGGAAGAGAAAUAAAGAACCAGACAGAAAUCCUUCGCUUGUUGUCAGCUGUGACCCAGCUGUGAAUGGUAGCGGUGGUUCACACCCCGGGACAUCAGAGGGGACACUCCCUUGAAGCAAGAGGCAACUGAGCAGCGGACCAGGCAGCUAAGAGAGCUGCCCUCCAAACGGUAGAAAGAAUGAACAGAACCCUAAAGGAGACCCUAUCUAAAUUGGCAAUAGAAACUGGCAGAGACUGGGUGACCCUCCUUCCCUUUGCGCUCUACCGGGCUAGGAAUACCCCGUACACGCUGAAUCUGACCCCAUUUGAAAUAAUGUAUGGGACGCCACCCCGUAUUAUUUCCAACCUGGAAAAAUGUCCCAAUGACUUGUCAAAAGAUUUAAUCUUGGGGAUGAAAACUCUCCAAAUAAUUCAGAAGGAAUUAUGGCCCAAACUCCGAGCCAUAUAUGAAGGUCCUCUUAGUGAACAGGGAAUUGACCAUGGGAUUGAACUGGGAGAUUGGGUACGGGUAAAGAGGCACCAGAAAAAAACACUGGAACCUAAAUGGAAAGGACCUUAUGUUGUUGUUCUUGUAACCCCCACUGCCCUAAAGGUAGACAGAAUCAGCGCCUGGGUACAUCACUCUCACGUCAGGAAGGCUAACUCACCGGAACAGCAGUCAGCACGAACAAACUGGAGAGCACAUUCAGAUCCUGAGAACCCGUUGAAAAUAAGAUUGACUCAAAACAAUGAGGACUGA